AAUAAACAGUGAAGCGAACCGACUAUUUGUGCGAAGGUCUCUUAAAAAAGGACCUUCUUUGCUUUCUUAUACUUAGGUUUCCAGUCUAAUCUUUGAUCCCUUUCUUACAAAAAAGCCAAAAAAGAUGAUAAAAGAAAUCAUGUGAAGAAAAGAAUGAGUCAUAACCAAAAGGUUCAAGGAACCAAUCCAGCCUAACAUUUCUGUUAUACAACUUACACACACACACAACUCCAAAUAAAAUCCACUCUUCAACUUCUCUUCCUCUCAAUCUAGCCUCUUCUUCUAAAAAAAACAUCAAUAUUUCUUCUCAUAACACUAAAUUGAAUGUCAAAUUUCAACUUAGGUAAGAAGCUUCUACCCACUAAAAAAGCAUGGAAAAGCUUCACCAACAAAUUACAAUCAAGAUUACACAAGCUCAAGCUUUCAAAAGCAGUCAAAAAUUCCAAAAACCUUUGUGUUAGAGCUUACAACUAUAUUUUCCCUAUUAUUACUCGAAAAUUCUACUCUUUGAUCAAUCGUUCUUCACCCCCACGUACUCAUCGCAAUUUUUACCAUUAUUACCAAUACCAACAAUGUCACAAGAAUACUUCACCUAUAUAUGUGGACCAGCUUUUUCCGGAACCUAUAGUUAAAAAACCAUGCGAGCAAAAACAAAGCUGUAUAAUAUCCGCGCCUCAGACUAAAGAAUCCGUUGCUUCAAGCAGUGGUGGUGAUGUUAAUAGAAGCAAAUUGGAUCAAGAAGAGCAAGAGAUUAUUAUGAGGGCAAUUGAGGAAAAAACUGCAAUAAAAAAAGGUAAGGGAGUUGAAAGUAGUAAUAGUAGAAUAUGUGAUAUUGAAGAAUGGAGAACUCCUUCAAUGCCACAUAUUAAUGGAGUGGAUAGAAAAGCUGAGGAAUUUAUCUCUAAGUUUCGUGAAGAUAUGGAGAUUGAAAGACAACAAUCUAUUCUUGAUUUUCAAGAAAUGUUGGCUCGAGGUGUUUAAAUAGAAAAAAAUAAUUAAAAUUUUUAUUUUUGUAACUAUUAUUGUCGGAAAUGAUAGGAGUUUUCAAAUAUUUAAGUAAAGGUUUUGUUUUUCUGGUCAAUUCCUUAUUUCCCAAUUUUUGAAGGGGGGGAAAGGAGUUGAAGUGAUUAUUACAUUGAUUUGGUGUGACGGAGUAUAUACUGGAAUCUUGAAAAGAAAUUUAUGUUGUUUGGAAUUGUUUUUAUUUUUAUUUUCAAGAAUUGUAUUCUUGGUAUUAUGAUCAAUAAAUGAAUAUGAUAAACUUAUGCUGGUUUUGUA